AUGGUCUGUAUCAAGAAAAUUCUUGCAUAUACUCUGGUUGCCUCGGUUAGCCUAGGACGAUGUUCAUCUACCAACGAAACAUACGGGAUCUUGCCAUCAUAUGCUGUCACGGAACAAGCUGAUUAUCCACACGAGCCGGCAACAAACGGUUCCAUGCAUAACUCUACAACAUCAAAACAGCACGGGCCAAUCUCCCUCAAGGCAGAGCGAGAAGCGUGGAUCAUGAAAGAGACACGAGAGCUGUUUGGAAAGCGACUGAGUGAGGCGGAAUACGCCAGACGCAACUGGCUAUGGCUACGGUGCCGAUCACACAGCGCCCUUUCAUUUGACAUGGGAGGCACUUGGUUUGGAAAAGACGGCGAGGAUCUACGUGAGCAUAUGGACAAGUACGUCUGCCCAAUUGAAGGCUGGCAAUUCAAAUACGUCGGGCAUCAGGGCUGGGGGGAUGCCAUGGUCUCCUUUGAGUCCUCAGGACCAUGGUGUUAUCUGGACAAUGUUGUCGCGGGUAUGAUAGACUUCACCAAGUCUGCCAGGUACAAAUAUAAACGGGAAUUUUAUGUAUGGGAUUGCCCCGGCCUCGAGUCCUAUGAGUUCUGGGGCACGGAGCGCGCAGGAAAGUCGUGGCCAGGCGCUGGCGAUGAUUAUGACGAAGGAGCAAAGGCAGACGACAGCAAGGGUCCUGAACUCAAUCUUGGCGCGUGGAAUAGUGACCCUGCUGAUCCUGAUGAGAUAUAUGAUACGUUCGUUGAUGACCCGAUGGGGCAUUAAAGGAAAUAUGUGUUGUUGUUUGUGUACAUUGUAUGCCGUUUAUGGGAAU